CUAAAUGUCGCCUUAUCAGAGUCCGUACUCCGUAGUCUCUGACUCAGCUGUUGUAUCACCGCUCCCAGUCUCCUGAUGAUACCCCACCAAGACUGCAACCAUGGAAAGCGUGAAUUGACCCACUCACAAGUCCACAACGACCCCAGUACCUCCACCACGAGACGAAGAAUCCUCCUCCGUCCCCGGCGAGCAAAAUGAAGGUGAAAUCUUCUCCGGCGAAGCCAUCUCCGCUGAAAAUCCUUUCGCCAUUCGGGGAAGAAGAGGAGUAUGGAAGUAGAGCAGGAUCCGAUGACAGUCGCGGUUUGGAGUUGCAGAUUGUGGAUCCCACCUCCUCCUUCAUUUCCAAAUCCUUCCAAUUGCCCGAUGGCUGGCUGGUUGAGGAACGGCCCCGCAAAAACUGUCCCUCCAACCCCGGUCAAGUAGACAAGUAUUAUGAGGAGCCUGAAUCUGGAAGGCGGUUUCGUUCCCUCGUAUCUGUUCAGAGGUACCUUGGUGGCCAGACAGAGAAUCCAGUCAAACGAAGAUCAGUGAAUCGUGCAGCGAGAUCUCAUGAUUAUUCUGUUAAACCAUUGAAUCCUCGCGAUUAUGAGAACUCUAUGCAGAUUGUACCACGGUACACAAGCAGUGGAUCAUCAUUCAAUCUACCUGAUGACUGGAUUGUCGAGCAAGUACCCCGUAUCAAUGGUAGAUAUGCUGGUAUUGUCGAUAAGUACUACAUUGAGCCGGGAACUGGUGUUAAAUUUCGUUCUCUGAGAUCUGUUGAGAGAUACCUCACAAGGGUGGGAGGAAGUGAAACAACGUCCAAGAAUUCUGGAUCUCAGAAAGAAAACAAGUCUGAUGAUGAUCAUUCUUGGGAUAUUGUUUUGAAAUGCCUAGUAGAUGGCAAGAGAACUAAAACUAAACGUGAGCCAAAGCCAUCAAAAAGUUCUGGUUCUCAGAAACAAAAAUAUGCUAAAGGGGCAAAAAAUCCAAUGCUUGACUUUGCAAGCCCUCCUACAAAAGUAAAAUGGGUUCUUGGUGGACCAGGUAGAAAUCUGUGGAACCCAUUUAUGGGGGAAUCUGAGGUUCCAGAAAAUAUACAGCAAACAUGGUCUAAGACAUUCAUAUUAUCCAUCGAGGAGAGGUUUUGAUUGACUCUAUAAGGAAGAGUUAGCGGUAAAAAAAUUCACGGAAAAGUACUUCAUGCCAAGUUGGUGUGAGUUUCAUGAGGCUACUCUUAAGUUCUUAGUGUCUCAGAACUCUACAUAUGAUUGCAAAUAAGUUCUGCUGUAAUUCUAAGUAAUUAUUGUAUAAAAGCUAGUAUUUCCUCUACCUGUGGUCACGAUCCGUUGCCUCCAACAUGCAAUCAGCAGCUGUCUCAGCUGAGCAGCUGCAGUUUGCUUCCUGUACAUUGCAUGAACUAUUCAAAAAGAAAAUGAAAAGUCAAGA